AUGCCUUCGGCUUCUUCUCUCGGUUCUGUGUCAUGGUCCGACAGUUCUGAGGAUGGCUAUACUUCUUCUACCCCCGAUGACGGUUACGAUGAAAUCAAUGUUCCCCAUCCAUGUACUCCAGCUUCUUCGAAUGUCAGGGUUCUGGGCACCCGGACUGCGGUCACAAAGAAGAGACGAAAUGCAUCAGCUCCGCCCAGGGAUAGCACCAAAAGGCAAAAAUGCCUCAGAGACGAGCGAAAAGCUACAACUCGCAAACGGUGUUCUUCGUCCGAUACUUUCACGCCCACUUACAGAACCGAUGACUCUGAAUAUGAAUCAUCGGCAUCGGUCAAAGAAAGGAGUUUCGCUGGACCCAAACAGACUUUAUUUCCCUGUUUACUCGACGGCUGCAGGCAGGUCUGUCACAGUGCCACCGAUCUUGCACGCCAUCGGCAGUGUCUUAGACAUCGUGCUCCUGAAUAUUCAUGCUUGGGUUGCCGACACCCGUUCACUCGUCCUGAUGCUUUGAAGAGGCAUCUUAAUGGAAGGCAUGCUUGCAAACAGGCGCAUCGAGCGGCUCGGGUUGCUAGCAAGGCUUAG